GAAAAGCCAGCGCGGUAACUGCUCGCACGUAAGCCGGGAAGAUACCCUUUGGCGCCCUUUGUUCUCCACGUUUCCUCUCUGUCUCCUCUCUCUCUCUCUCUCUCUCUCCACCUUUUGCCACUUUUGCCGUGGACAACUGGGAGGAGCUAACAAUGGAUUUCUUGGAGGAAUUUCUACUUACUGCGCUUAUCUCCGUCCUGCUCGCCUUCCUCUUUGGGAGCUUCUCCGCCGACAGGCCAGAGGCGGCAUCUGCCGCGGCGGAGGAUUUUGGGCCCCGGCCGAGGGCCUUGAAUCCGAUCCAGGCGGAGGAGAUGGAGGGGAAGUCGUCGGUCAUUGCCCUUGGUGAAUCCAGUUGCACCGAUGCCGAGGUCGAGGAGGAAAGAUCGGAUGCGAAUGGAUUGGAAAAGGACGGGGUUGUUGUUGGAUUUGACCGCAAGAAUGAAGAGUUUUUUGACGGGGUAGUCGGGAAUGGAAGAAUUGAGGAUGAUUUAGAGGAGCCGGGUGAGGCAAAAUCGGCGGAGCAAGUCGCGGAACUGGGCGGCGAACUGGUUGGAAACAAGGAAGAGGCAGGGCAUGUUGACGAGGGUAAUUGGAAAUCGUUGCUUCAAGGGGAGGAUGAAUGGGAAGGGAUCGAGAGAAGCGAUACGGAGAAAUUAUUUCGAACCGCGAGCGAGUUCGUCGGCAGCGAUGUAGGUGGAGAGGCAGUGUCGAAACUGAGUAAUGAAGUGCAAAUGCAGUUGUACGGACUGCAUAAGGUUGCGACCGAAGGGCCGUGCAAUGAGCCACAACCCCUGGUUUUGAUGAUGUCUGCUCGCGCCAAAUGGCAUUCAUGGCAGCAACUAGGAAAUAUGAAUCCAGAAGCUGCUAUGGAACAGUAUAUCAACCUUCUUACUGAAAGUAUUCCUGAAUGGAUGGUGGAGACGUCCAAAGUGGAAGACAAAGGUCAUGAUGCCAAUGAUCCUCCUGCAGCAGAUGUCUUGAAAAUAGGUCAUGUUGAGUCAAAGUCCUCUCAAUCUAAAUCCGAAACUGAAAUUGUAGAAAAUUCGUCAUCUGCAGCUGUCACUGAAAAUCUAGAGGCAGGUUCCCAACUUUUAAAACAAGGGUUGGCAAAUAUGUUGCUUUUCACCCUGAUCUCACCUACUAGAGUGGCAUUCUGAAUUUAUUACAAGCUUGGCCGAGCAUGUCUCUGAGGAAUUAAUGCUCGAGUUUCAAAUUGGUUCAAAUGUAUAGUAGCUUGCUGAUGGUGCACAGGAUUAUUAUUCGUCAUAACUGGUGGAUUGUCUUUUAGUGCUUGUUAAGUACUUGAGGUUGUAUAUAUUGUAUAUAUCUAGUAAACAUCUACAUUUAAUGGGGUUGCCAGUGGAACAAGGGCAUCUUCCGUAAAGAUUGUUCGUUUACAGUGCUCAAACUUUCAAUUGUGCUUAUCAGAAAAGAUUAAUGAAGGAUGCCUGUUGAAAUCUA